AUAGUCUUUGAUGUUUAAAAGUAUUAUAUAUUCAGUACUAAUAAAUCGCAGCCUUCAUUUCUUUCAGGUUAUAACAUGUGAAUGUAACCUUUACAGUAAAUUAAAUUAAAAAAUAUAGUUUUUAGUUAAGUUUAGUGUUGUGGUGUUAAGAUGUGUGAAGUUACUGAUCAUAUAUUAUUAGGCUUAGCUAUUCUUGUUUUGUUGUAUGCGGUGAGACAAAUUUACAAAGUUCUUUAUGUGUUCGUGCUCGGCCCUUUGUUUAACAAAGUGGACUUCAAAUCUUAUGGAGAAUGGGCGAUGGUCACAGGUAGUACAGAUGGAAUAGGCAAGGCGUACGCGCGACAGUUAGCAGCUGAAGGGUGUAAUAUAAUUUUAGUAAGUCGCUCUUUGGAUAAAUUGAAAGCAGUCGCCGAGGAAAUUGAAAAUGAAUUCAAAGUCAAGACAAAGAUCGUGCAAUGCGACUUUACAGCGGAACAUGAUAUAUACGGCGAGAUUUUCAGUGAAAUAUAUGGUAUGGAGAUCGGUAUACUUGUGAAUAAUGUUGGUGUAUCCUAUGAUUAUCCCGAAUACUUCCUGGAAGUUCCAAAUUGGUUAAACAAAAUCAAUGCUUUGAUCAGAGUGAAUUGUGUGGCUGUGGUGCGGUUGACUGGUUUGGUUCUCCCAGGCAUGGUGAAGCGAGGCAAGGGGAUUGUCAUCAACGUUGGAUCCAACACGUCCAAAAUCCCUAGUCCAUUGUUGACCGUCUAUGCUGCUACAAAGGCGUUCGUGGACAAAUUCAGUAUUGGACUAGCCCAAGAAUACAACAAAGACGGCAUCAUUGUUCAAUGCGUGUCUCCUGGGUACGUCGCCACAAACAUGUCUGCCUUCCGAUACACCAGCUUCUUUGUACCUUCACCGAAGAAUUACGUAAACUCAGCUUUGAGCCUGGUUAAUACUACCGUUUCCACUGACGGCUAUUUCAGCCACUCCUUGAUGACGUACGUUGUCAACUUCCUCAAGUGCACGUGCGAAGGCCUUGUCGUAAGCAAAGUCCGGCAGAAAUUAGAAAAGUCCAGAAAUGCUAUCAAAAAGAGGAUGGCUAAGCAGCAAUGAUUUUGUUGUCUUGUUAUGUGCGCUGUGUAAUUUUUAUGGACGUGUAUAGAGUAAUAGUAAAAUUGUGUUGUGGGGCACUUGUAAUCUGUUUUGUACAAUCCGCAUCUCAAGCUAUCCUACAUAGAAUUUUAUGCUACAGCAAUAGCGGGGAUCACGCAACGAUUUUGGAUAGCUUGAUGACGUGUAAUUUACAUGUGUAAAUAAAAAUGAUUAAUUGCA